UUCGCGCUUUUCCAACAAGUUCACUCGUACAUUUAAAAUCAGCUGAUUAUGUAAACAUUUGACAAAUUGUUUGACUUUAAUUUUGUUUUGCUAAUUGUUUCAUAUUUGUGGUUUAAUUUCAUUUUCAUUGCAAAUGUGCAGAAAUUGAUGUUUAUUUGUUAGUCAAAUAGAUUUGAGUUCAAGAGAUGGACAAGAAAAGAGAUAAUGAUGAAGAUAAUCCAUUUUCUGUCGUUGCCAAGAAAAGACCAAUAGUUGAAUCUGGACCAGUUCAUGUUAAGAAACCUCUUAUAUCGGUGGAUGCUUAUACCAAGCAUAAGAUGUUAAUUAAUCAAUAUAUGUUGGAUACUGUUGGAUCAACCAAGAAAUUACAGCGAGAUACGAGUAAAGAUGUAACUGAUUUAGAUGUACUAAAAGCGAAUCAUAAAUUUCUUUGGGAUGAAACGGAACAGACGGACAAAUGGCAAGUUCGAGUAGCUAAAAAGUAUUAUGAUAAACUAUUCAAGGAAUAUUGUAUUUCUGAUCUAAAAAGAUAUAAGGAAAACAAGAUUGCUCUUCGCUGGAGGACAGAGAAAGAAGUAUUCAAAGGGAAGGGACAAUUUACUUGCGCUGAUCUUAAUUGUGAAUCGAAAGAUUUAUUGAAAAGUUGGGAAGUUAAUUUUGGUUACAUUGAACAUGGCGAGAAAAAAAAUGCUCUCGUAAAGAUAAGAUUGUGUCCAGAUUGUUCAUAUAAAUUGAAUUAUCAUCACAAAAGGAAAGAAGUUAAAAAGGCUCGAAAAGUGAGACCAAAAAAGGAGAAAGAUUCAGAAGACUUACCCAAUUCAUCCAGUCUACCUGAUCAAUCAACAUCGACAAGUGAAACAAUUAACACUGAUUUUAGUCAAGUGAAAGUAAAACAAGAGGAAGAUGAUUAUAAUAUCAUUUGGAGUUCCAAUCAACCCCAACAAUCAACAAUCGAAACAGAAUCAAAUAUUGAAACAGAAAUGGAUCAAUAUCUAUCUGAGUUGUUUAUGUAAUCUCAUAAACUCAAUUUGUACAUAAUAUUCAACUUUUACAGUUAAGCCCCAAAUUAAUUUAUACUCAAUUAAAACAGAAUUGAGUUCGCUUAUUAACAA